AUGUCCACUCCCACCAGGCAGACCCCCCAGAUCGCCAGACUUUCCUUUUUGCCUGAAAGGCCCACCAAGAUGCUGGAUUUCACAAAGACUUUCACGAUUCGCUUGUACCAUUUGAGGACCCAUCCUGGAAAAAGUCUCCUACUAAAAACAAAGGGUCUCAAUUAUCUGUGGUCAGCUGCGGUCUGGAAGCAGGUGAUCCUUCUGACCUAUGGUCAGAAAGUCAAUGGUAGCCGAACGCCACGUCACAGUGCCUAUGUCAUUCGCCUCGCUUCAUCUCAUCUCGUGGGCUUGUUAUUAUUUCACGUCAUGGCGAGAAGGAUUGAAAUUCUAAUUCCCAAGGGGAUUGUAUUUAGAAUUGGGCCUUCGGGAAGUGAUUGGGUCAUAAGGGUGGAGCCCUCAUCAAUGGGAUUACCGUCCCUUACAAAAGAGGCCCCAGAGAGUCGCUUUGCCCCUUCGACCGUGGCAGACGCUGUUCCGAGAGCGGGAGGCGGAAACACUCCAGGGGGAAGCCCGCCCUUUACCAGACAAAGGGCUCAGAGGCGGCAAUCCGCCUCCGCCGCCGACUCCACUAUUCUGCCCCUGCGAGCCACCGGACCCCCAGACGCGGAGGGGAAUCAGCCCCAUCACUAUUGGCCUUUCGCCACUAGUGACCUCUACAAUUGGAAAGCUCAGAAUCCUAAGUUUUCUGAGAAACCGGCAGGGCUUAUUAAUUUAUUAGACUCUGUUCUUUUUACCCAUCAGCCCACGUGGGAUGAUUGCCAGCAGCUUUUGCAGGUCCUGUCCACGACUGAAGAAAGAAUCCUCAAUGGGGCCCGAAAACUAGUUCCAGGCGCAGACGGGAAUCCCACCACCAACCAGGCUCAGAUAGAUGCCUCCUUCCCCUUAACUCGGCCCCAGUGGGAUUUCAACACGGCAGAAGGUAAGGAGAGGCUCCGGGUCUACCGCCAGACUCUAAUGGGGGGUCUCCGAAUGGCUGCUAGAAAGCCAACCAAUUUGGCCAAGGUAGGAAAUGUACAACAGGGAAAAGAUGACUCUCCGGCUGCCUUUUUAGAACGGAUCAUGGAGGCAUUCCGUACCUACACCCCCAUGGAUCCAGAGGCUCCAGAAAGCAAGGCAGCUGUUCUCAUGGCCUUUGUAAACCAAUCGGCCAUAGACAUUAGGAGAAAAUUACAGAAAAUAGAUAGACUAGGAGAAAAAAGUCUGCAGGACUUACUGGUGGUAGCCGAAAAGGUAUAUAAUAACCGGGAGCCUCCUGAGGACAAGCAGGCUCGCGCUAUGGCGGCUGCCAGCAGUAAGCAGACUCGAGACCUGGCCAGAAUACUACUAGCUACCACUGCUGACUUCCCCGAGGAACGAGACCGCCGUCUCCGGCAGCUGGCAGACGACACAAGAAAAGGUAAAAGCACCAAGGGGGGGAAGCAGAGGCUGCAGAAGGAUCAGUGCGCAUACUGCAAGGAGAUAGGGCAUUGGGCCCGAGAUUGUCCAAAAAGAGCUGGCGGGAAGGGAAACAAGACUGAUCGAGUAAAAGUCCUAGAGCUGGAUGAACUAAGUGAUUAGGGGAGUCAGGGUUCGGACCCUCUCCCCGAACCCAGGGUAACUCUUAAAGUGGAGGGGACCCCUAUUGACUUCCUUGUUGACACCGGAGCACAACAUUCGGUCCUCCGCACCCCACAAGGAAAACUAGCCAGCAAGAAGUCCUGGGUACAAGGGGCAACUGGUAUGAGCCAGUAUUCAUGGACUACCCGAAGAACAGUAGAUUUGGGAACGGGCCGGGUAUCCCACUCCUUUAUGGUAAUACCAGAAUGCCCCUACCCACUGUUAGGACGGGACUUACUGACCAAGAUUGGAGCUCAGAUAACUUUCAGACAAGGGGGGCCUCAGGUCACCGAUGGCAAGGGCCACCCCAUCCAGGUCCUGACCAUGAAACUGGAGGAUGAAUACCUCCUCCACCAGGAGGCGCUCCCGAGAGAGGAUAAUAUAGACAGAUGGCUACGAGAAUUCCCCUCGGUUUGGGCAGAGACAGGGGGGAUGAGACUAGCCGCUCACAGGACCCCAGUCCUGGUAGAGCUCAAGCCAGGAGAGAGUCCGGUAAGGAUCAAACAAUACCCCAUGUCUCAGGAGGCCUGGAAGGGGAUCCAGCCACACAUCCGGAGACUACGAAGCCUAGGGGUACUAGUUCCUUGCUAGUCUGCCUGGAACACCCCCUUACUGCCGGUCAAAAAGCCUCACACAAAUGACUACCGACCGGUACAAGACCUCCGGGAAGUAAAUAAGAGGGUCGUGGACAUACACCCAACUGUUCCCAACCCAUAUACUCUCUUGAGCUCCUUGGCACCCUCCAGGGUCUGGUAUACUGUACUAGAUUUAAAGGGCGCCUUCUUCAGUCUGCCGUUGGCACCCCAAAGCCAACCCUUGUUCGCCUUUGAGUGGCAUGAUCCGGAGGAGGGCUACAGUGGGCAACUCACCUGGACACGGCUACCUCAGGGAUUCAAAAAUUCACCCACCAUCUUCGACGAGGCUCUACACGAG